AAAGUAUACGCCCUCAGUGGCCUGGUAGAGAACCUGGCUUACUGAAGCUAUAUCAACUGUACAGAUCAGUACAACCUACAACUGUACAGUCAAUAAUAACCUACGUGACAACAGAUCAUAAAAAUAAUAAAUUCAAAGUGAAAGGUUCAUGGCAGCUGGAUAAAUUUCAACAGCUUUAAUACAGCCAUGGCAAGUGGAUCCUCACCAACAUCUCCAGGAGGUCCACCUAUUCUGUCAGACCGCAGGAUUGUACUGCUGGGAAAAGCUGGAGCUGGAAAGAACAAAGUAGCCAGAGUCAUCCUGGGUGACAUAAAGCUGAAUGAAGAGAGUGAAGAGUGCUUUUUAUAUGAAGGUGAACAGGCAGGAAAGAGGACCUGCAUAGUGAACACACCAGGAUGGGACCGAGUUUCUAUAGAGUGCACUGCAACGAAAAUUAAAAAUGAAAUCGCCCGAAGUGUGACACUUUGUCCUCCAGGUCCCCAUGCUCUGAUUCUGGUGUUUCCUGUAAACACUGGUGACGUUCCAUCUGUAAAUGAGUUUAAAUCAGCAAGUCAUCACAUGGAGCUGCUCUCUGAGAGAGUCUGGAAUCACACUAUAGUGCUUUUCUUGUGUGAUGGAGAUGUGGAGGAAUCCACAAUCACAGAACACAUUCAUAAAGCAGAAAAACUACUGGAAAAGUGCAGAGGCAGAUAUUAUGUUAUGCAGCACAGUGAAUCUGAAACCCAGGUCCAUGGACUCCUUAAUGAGAUAGACAGCAUGGUGCAAGAAAAUCUGGGUGAUUUCUUCCUGCCACAGGUUUACUAUGAAGUGAUACAGAGCAAAUUGACACAGAAUGCCAGUGAGUUGAAAAAGCAAUAUGAGGACAGAGAGGAAAAACUGAAAGAAGGAUACCAGAAAAGACUUAGUGUGUAUAAAAAACAGGUUGAGGAAGAAACUUCACUUAAGCAGAGACGUGGAAGUAUCCAGGGACCUCGUCCAUCUCUCAGUGAAGACAAAAACCAGCCAGUGGAUAUUGAUGCCAUCAAGAGCAAGUAUCGGGAUGAGCUUCAGGCACUUGCAAAAUAUUACUUCAAACCUAUGUGCCUGCUGGUGUUGGCUGUGAUUGGUGCUCUUAUCGGAUCAGUGGUUGGAUCUAAUUAUGGAGUGGUGGGCGCUGGUGCUGGGAUCGUCAUUGGAAUCAUAAUAACAAUUCCACUGGCUUUAUGGCUGAUUAAUGCUGCAAGCCUAGCACGACAGAGUUCAACUCUUCUGGAAGAAAAAAAAUCUGAACACACUGAUUAACCCCUUCAACUGUGAGAUAUAAAAUUGCGUGCAAAAACUGUAUACCAUUAGGACAAAAUGGAGGUGCCCAAAAGAGGGAAUAAAACAUAAGGGGCAUUUGUAGAAAAAAUAAAAUCAAUGAUGUGGUGUGAAGCAGCCCAGUGCGAAGCACAGUUCCUGUUAUGACUCCAAAGUCCUUUAAUUUUUAAUUAUCAAAGGACAUCAUACUUUUAUCCAUUUAUAGUUACAUUUGAUAUGUGGAGAAUGACAUGUGGAGAUAGUUGUCACAUGCAGAGAGCGACCAGCACUUGCCAGAUAUUCCUGCAGCUCCUUUAAUGUUGCUGUAGGUCUCCUGGCAUCCUCACUGAUAUGUUUUCUUCUUGCACUUUUGUCUAUUAUAUAUAUGUAUAUAUCUUUAUAUAUAAACUUGAAUAUAAUGAAUAGCAUAUACAGACCCUGGCUUUGAUCUGUUCAAUCUGUUGCCCUCAGGGAGACGUUACAGGUGGAUCAAAACAAGGACUAGUAGAUUUAAGAAUAGUUUCUUCCCAAAAGCUAUUACCAUGAUAAACAAACACAUGUACUGAGUCCACAGCAUAUGUAUAUAUUGUCUCAAACUGUGCAUUUCAUAGUACCUCCGCCAUCCACCCUAAUAUCUAUCUAUCGUGCAUAUAUCUUGCAUAUAUUGUAUAUCUUGUUUAUUUAUUUUGUUUAUUUAGCUUGUUUAUUUAUCUGUGUAUUAUCUGUUUAUUCUUCUUGUGUAUUGAAUGUAUAUGUUUGCACGGAACAAAAAGGAGUGGCUCUUAAUUUCAUUGUACAUAUGUAUAGUGACAAUAAAAAGGCAUUCAUUCAGCAUAUACAGACAUUUAUGCACCCGUAAUCUUUCAUGACUCAUUUUGAUGACUCAUUCACUCUGUUUUUAGUAUUUAAAUUUGUUUUUGUACAAUAAACUUUGACAUAUUUA